GCAUGCGUCAGAGCCAACCAUCGGCAGCCAAGGAGUCUUAAUGAAGAUGGGAGAGUUCCAGUGGGGUUGCUGACUGGGGAGACAUGACACCAGGGGGCAGAGAAGAAGGAGCUGACGGCAGAGGCAGAGGGGAAGGCAGGCUGGCCCAUGGCUGAAGCCUCCAUCCCAAAGCCGGGGGAAGAAGCAGAAGCCACACCUUGCCCCAGUGUCCUGCAGCUCGAAGAGCUCCUGAGGGCGGGGAGAGCCUCUUGCAGCCGUGUGGACGAAGUCUGGCCCAACCUUUUCAUAGGAGAUGCGGUGACAGCAAAUAACCGCUUUGAGCUAUGGAAGUUGGGGAUCACCCAUGUGCUGAACGCCGCCCAUGGGGGACUCUACUGUCAGGGAGGCCCUGACUUCUACGGCAGCAGUGUGAGCUACCUGGGGGUACCAGCACAAGACCUCCCCGAUUUCAAUAUCAGCACCUACUUCUCCUCAGCAGCUGACUUCAUCCACCGUGCCCUCAACACACCUGGGGCUAAGGUGCUCGUGCACUGUGUGGUGGGUGUGAGCCGCUCUGCCACACUGGUCCUGGCUUACCUCAUGCUGCGUCAGCAGCUCUCCUUACGGCAGGCAGUCCUUGCGAGUCAGUCGUUAUCCUCAGCCACAAGGCUCUGCCACUUUGCCACUCUGGCUCUGGUCCUGGCCCUGUUGGCAGCCUUAGCCCAGGUGGAUGCCCACAGGAUGGAAAGGGCCCAGGGUGGGGCUCACCCUCGAACCUGCUGCUUCAUCGGCUUCCUCCAGCAUUCUGCACACCCUCACAGUUGCCGGCUUCAGUCUUCACAGAAACAGCAUCAAGUGUGCAGAGACAGGCGACUGGAAGCCGGCAGUCCACGUUGUCCGCCAGAGACGAUUACAGCCUGGGCAGGAUCUCCUCACAGGAUGGACUCACUACAGAAGCAGGACCUUCGGAGGCCAAAGAUUCAUGGGGCGGUUCAGGUGUCCCCCUACCAGCCACCCACGCUGGCCUCGCUGCAGCGAUUGCUGUGGGUCCGUCGGACCGCCACACUGACCCACAUCAAUGAAGUCUGGCCCAACCUUUUCUUGGGAGAUGCGUAUGCUGCCCGAGACAAGAAUCGUCUUAUCCAACUGGGCAUCACCCAUGUUGUGAAUGUCGCUGCGGGCAAAUUUCAGGUGGACACCGGUGCCAAGUUUUAUCGCGGAACACCUCUGGAGUACUAUGGCAUUGAAGCUGAUGAUAAUCCCUUCUUUGACCUCAGUGUCUACUUUCUGCCUGUUGCUCGAUACAUCAGAGAUGCCCUCAACACUCCCCGAAACCGCGUGCUGGUCCACUGCGCCAUGGGGGUAAGCCGCUCGGCCACCAUUGUCCUGGCCUUCCUCAUGAUCUGCGAGAACAUGACGCUGGUGGAUGCCAUCCAGACGGUGCAGGCCCACCGAGAUAUCUGCCCUAACUCGGGCUUUCUCCGACAACUCCAGGUUCUGGACAACAGGCUGAGGCGGGAAACGGGGCAGCUCUGACUCAGGGGGCGCCUGAAGCCCUGACCCCUCCAUCCAGCGUGGUCCAACCUGACAUGCCUGGCUCUGGGGAUGACAGUCUCUGCUGUUUCCAGAGACACUGACAUGUUACCAUCAAGUCACGGCUCCACUGAGGCAGAGGCGGGGCUGGCUGGGUGGCACUUUGAGCAGGUGGAGUCCCUGACCCAAUACAGAAAUUCUUUAUGCCGAAGAAAAUUCAGUCUGUCUCUAUAAUAAAAGGUUCAUCAU